CAACUGAAAAUCUCAGUGACAGAGCUCAUGUGAGUAAGCUGUAUGAACAGGCUUCUCAUCACACAAAGAAAAUAAUCACCACACAGAGAGAGGACCAACAGCAGAAGUUAAGCCCAGAAGGAGUAACACCAGUGUCCAAGUGGCAAAGCAGACUGGAACAGCACAGGAAAGAACUUGAGGAAGAAAAAGAGACCUUAAUGGCAAUAAGAAACAAAAGAUUUCUUCCAUAUUUUGAAUCAGAAUUCAGCAAAGAAUUUUUCGAAAAAAAGUUUCCUGAUGUGGAAGCACUGUCUAUGGAACUUCCUCCAGUUCAAAAAAAAGAAAGCGUGACUUUCCCUCCAGACAAGAUUAAAAAACUCAGUAGAGCAGCUGAACUUCUUGAUACUACAAGCGAUUCAUCACUUUUGCCUGGCCUUCUGCUGCAGGCUCCUUCCAAACAAAAUGAAGGUUCCAGCAGCACAACAGACCUAAACAAGGCUGUAAGAUCAGAAGAGGCACCCUUUCAACAUAAAGUUCCAAGUCUGACAGUGAAUGCUGCAGGACAGACAAGAAAAGAGAAAGUAAUAUUACCGUCAUCCCUUCAGGGGACAAAACCAAACUCCAUACCAAAUAAAAAGAUAGAAGAUCCUGUGGCAGGAAAGAUCAAAUCAUCUUCUCUUGCAACAACAAGACAGGAUCUUAAUGGCUUCCAUCUCAUUCCACCCAGAGUGACAUUUGGAGUGUUAAAGGAAGGCUGCACCUAUGCAACCACUGUAGUCUUGAAGAAUGUUGGUGUGAACUUCUCAAGGUUUCGGGUGAAGCAGCCACCUCCAUGUACAGGACUGAGAGUGAUGUACACACCAGGACCUGUGGCAGCAGGCUUGGAAGUUGAACUGGAGAUAGAGAUUUUUGCCAUGGUAAUUGAAGGGAAAGAUACUGGUGGCCUUGAAGAAGUUUCCCAUGAUAUUGAAAUAUUAACAGAAACAGACACUCUUCUCCUGCCUGUGAAAGCAACUGUGUUAACCAGUGAGGUUUACGAGUGCCGCCCAGAAGGAUACCCUCAAGGAGGGAUGGCAGCAAAAGUCCAGGCAGUUUCUACAAGCCCCAAGCCACGCCUACGGAUUACACUGCCCCGAAAGCCUUCUAGUUAAUGUUAGAGCCCUAGAAGAAUAAUAUGAGGAUCAACAGCACUGAAAUACCUGAAUUUUAGUCCAGCGGUACAGAAACAUCCCUCUGUAGGCUUUUUCAUUUACCUAAUCAGAUUAAGUGUGAAUAAACAUUCUUCCUGUUCCCUGUUAAUGGGAAA